AUCUUCUUGUACUUCCGAUGUUGAAUCACGACCAAUAUUCGCAUUGGAUGGAUCGAGAAGAGCGUAAUACAGAGUUUGAUUGGACAGAUGGUUUGGAAAAAUAUCCAAUUCACUGCAGAAACGAGGGAAAAUUAAUACCACGGGAUAUAAAGUUUCGGUAUGUGAAGCACAAUCUCCCAGGGUCUGGCAUCAGUACAGAGAAAUUUAACUCGGACCUGGAGGGCUGUCUCUGCAAGGAAUGUCAAAACAACUGUCCAUGUGUUCAGCGAUUCGGGAAAAACUACUCGGAAGACGGCAAACUCUUAACCAAAUACCUCUGUGGAGAGGAAAGCAAAGCAAUAGUCGAGUGCAACAGUAACUGCCAAUGUUCAAAUAAGUGUGAAAACAGGAAUGUCCAGUAUGGUGUCCGGGUACAACUGGAGCUCUUCUGUGUGGCAAACAAGGGAUUGGGGGUCAUAACUCUCGAAGACCUAAAACCAGGGAUGUUUGUGUGUGAAUAUGCAGGGGAAGUACUCUCGUACGAAGAGGCCCAGAAACGGACCCUCGCUCAAGGGAAAGAAGACAUGAAUUACAUUAUAACUGUCAAUGAACACUGUAAGAGUGGGGUAAUAAAAACAUAUGUGGAUCCUCGAUACUUUGGCAACAUUGGUCGAUUUUUAAAUCACAGUUGUGAUCCUAAUUUGACGAUGCUCCCAAUUCGAGUGAACAAUGAAAUUCCCUUGUUGUGUUUGUUUGCCAACAGAGAAAUAUGUAUUGGAGAAGAGUUGACUUUUCAUUAUGGACUCCCCAGUGAAACAGACAGUAGAUUCCAUUGUCAUUUGGAAGAUGACACAGAUUUACUGCCGUGUCACUGUGGUGCACAAGCAUGUACUGGUUAUCUGCCCUUUGAUGAGAGUUUAUUCAUGAAUGUGAAGAGCUAGACUGAAUUUGAAACUUGAAAACAAGCCUUCGAUUUCUUUAAAAAAAUAAACUCAUAUUUCAUAAAAGACUGUAAUUUAUUUACAGAAGAAAAUACUUUUCCCACAUAUCCAUUCAGUACAUAUGAUACUUGUACUAAAACAAAUACAAUAAGUCAGAUGAUAUGAUCUGAUCUACACAUUUGGCAUCCUAAUCCAUUGGCAUUCUGUCAUACAAAUAGUUUCAUCAUAUAAUUUCAAUCCAACAACUUAACCAUGAAUAAAUAUGAAUCUGGCUAAAAAUAUGUAUCCAUGCAGUAAUUAUUCCAGAUGUUCCAUAUGCUUUUAUAAAACAACAGUUCACAAUUUUCCUGAAACUUGGUAGUCAGAUGAAAACUUUAGAUAAUAGACUGUCUCAGAAAUUUACACAAUAAAUGACAUCAAACAAAGUGUA